UUAAAUUAUUCUGCAAGAAGAGCAAAUGUAAUGAAUAUUUAUAUUUUAGGUUGCCAAAAGGAUAGUAAAAUAUAAGAUAAAUAUAUUUAUAGCGCUUUUAUUAGUAAUAUUGGAAUGAUAUUGUAUAUUUCUUGUUGGAUGGCAUAAUAUUGUUAUCAAGCAAAAGCUUAUGAUAUUGGAAAUUUAUCAGGAAUGGAUCAUUAUUAAACAUGGGUGAUAUUGAAUAUAGCAGGGGCAAGUUGUCUCUUAUUAGGCUUGUUGAUUAGUUUAGCCAAGAUUGCUAUAGACUAGGCUGCCUUAGGAUAUGGAUCAUUAGGAAUCAGUUUAGUUGGUUGGAUUAUUAUUACUGUUGGUAUGGGAAUAGGAUCAGACACAGAUCAAGUUUUUAUUCAAAAUAUUAUAAGUUCAAAAACACUUCCCUAGAUUAUAAUAUUCCAGUCUCUAAUUGGUUUGCAAUUACAGGAAUUUGUUUCCAAACUGCUUUUAAUGGAUAUGAACAUUCCAUUCAAGAGGAUGAUAGCACUGGUUAAACAAGCAAAUAAGUAGAAAUCUGAUUAUUAAAAUAUAUCAUAACAUUCAUAAAUGUAUC